AUGGCUUCUGGCAAUGCAAAUAAACGAUCUGGGGAUCAUCAAGGAUCAGCGGGAGGGGCGAAAAAGCUCAAGAAGACGCAAGUCGAUUUUUCCGUUGCCGACAGUAACCUGACGGACGUGGUUCUCGUCGUCGAAGGUCAGAGAUUCCAUGUCUUGAAAGGGCGUCUCGCCUACGACUCUCGACCAUUUUAUACUAUGUUUUUCGAAACACAUCGGGACCAACCGGAGAUCGAGCUGACCGGAUUUGGAGCGGAAGAAUUUCAGUCAUUUCUGGAAAUUGUACACGGUUAUGCCACUUGUGGAAAUGGUGAAGUCGCUCGGAAAGUUCUGGAAAUCGCGGAUAAAUAUGAUGUGGACUUGGUCCGAAAGAAGUGCGAGAAGAAAAUGAUUGAAACCGCAAGGUUUACGAAAAAAGAGAAAAUGGAGAUUGCCUUAAAGUUUGGAUUGGACACACUGAAGAGCGUUCUUCUCAAGGAAAUCAAAACCUUUGGGGAUUUGGAAGCAGUGCUGCCGUCGGAUAUCGCCGACUUGGAUCCAGCAACUAUGAAAGCUGUGCUGGAAAAAUCGCUGGAAUUCAAUAGAGCUGCUCCAGUUUUGGCGGAUCCGGAGCCAGCUGCUCCAGCUCAACCUGUACCACGUCGAGUGGCUCCUGUCCCAGUUCCUCGUGCUCUUGAUCCUGAUGACAUAAUCGCACAGAUAAUGCGUCGUCCGCGUCGACAGGCCGCUCAGCGAGCUCACCGAGCUCAAAAUAGAGCACCCCAAUGA